AUGUUGGGGAAGCGAAAGCGAGAAGUCGCAGUUGCAACUCGCCAGAGGACGCGCAGUCCCGACAACGAUCAGGCCGUCGCAAUGCCCUUCACUGCCGAUCGAGAGAUAUUUCGCAAAUAUUUCGAGUCUGCCUUCGAGCCUUUACCAGAAACUGGCACCACGCCGCUACCUCUGCAAGAAGAUGAAGGAGAGGCCGAGUGUCCUGCGGAAGAGUCGGAGUGGGAUGGUCUUUCUGAUUCAGAGCACGAGAAUGAAAUGGUUGAGAUUGUGGAACAUCGCGCAGGGGGGAACUUGCCAGAAGAGGCUGGACUACAUCGCCAACAGUACAAGACAUUCAUGAGUUCUCGACCCCCGAAAGAGAUCGAGAGUACGGCUACCAGAGGUUCCGCUCAGCAGGCUGACGAAGACUACGCUGCUGAGGUCCUGAAUGUCAAACAUGAUCUUGAUCUUCAACGACUCCUGAAAGAAUCCCACCUCCUCGAGCAGGCAAAGGCAUCAUCCACACUGGGAACGCACCGGCACAAGGUGGUAGACAUGCGCAUGCAGGCCUUGGGCUCAAAAGGGUCCAUGUUUCAUCAAGAGAAGAUGCCGUUAGCCCAUAGAAGGGGCAUCCUUGCGAAGGCGGCAGAGCGGGAGGCAAGCCGGAGAAAGGAGGCCCAAGAGAAUGGCAUCAUCCUGGAGAAAGCCUCGGGGAAGUCUAGGUCUAAAGACGCCCGAAGAGAACGCGGCGUUGAUGUCCCUGCCGUGGGCAAAUUCCGAGGAGGUACUCUGACGCUCAGUAAGAAAGAUGUCCUUGAUAUCCAAGGACAGGGUCUUUCUCGACUUCGUGGAAAGUCACGACGGCGAUAG